AUGGAUCCUUUCAUCCUUCGUGAGCUCGCGAAGCUCGACCCUGCGGUACCGUUCCGCUCGUCCACUGACCACCUGCAUCACACGUGGGCCAAGACGUUCUUCUCGCGUCCGGAGCUGUACAUCCGCCCACAGUCUAUCCCGGAGAUUCAGCAGCUGGUGACACUUGCCAGGCGCUGUCGUCGUCGUCUGGUCACUGUCGGCAGUGGCCAUUCCCCCUCCGAUCUCACCUGCACCUCGUCCUGGCUAGUCAAUCUCGACAACUUCGAUCGCAUCCUCGACAUUGACCCAAGCGGCACUGUUACCGUCGAGGCAGGCAUUCGAUUGGGCAACCUGGGCGCCCAGCUGGAAAAACAUGGCUUGACCCUCCCGAACCUAGGCAGCAUUGAUAGUCAGUCCAUCGCCGGUGUCAUUGCGACAGGAACCCACGGCUCCUCCCUCCGCCACGGCCUGCUGUCGGAAUGCAUUGAUUCGCUCGGCCUCGUGCUCGCCAAUGGUCAAUUCGUCCGCUGUAGCCCGACCAAUAACAUCGACCUCUUCCGCGCCGGCCUGGUCUCCCUCGGAGCCCUCGGAAUCGUUGUCGAAGUCACCUUCAAGGCCCGGCCCUCGUUCAAUAUCGCAUGGCGCCAGGAACGGUAUUCGCUCGGCCGCGUGCUGAGCGAAUGGUCGACCGGUUUGUGGACUACCCAUGAAUUCGUGCGUGUCUGGUGGUUGCCAUAUGAGAAGGGUGCUAUCGUCUGGCGGGCCGAUAAAACCGACCAGCCCCUGCGCGCACCUCCCAAAAACUUCUACGGCGACUCCCUUGGCUACCACAUCUACCACAACCUCCUCGCGCUCUCCUCCUACUUCCCGCGCAUUCUCCCCUGGGUGGAAUGGUUCGUCUUCGGCAUGCAGUAUGGCUUCCGCGCCGGCUCCACGGUGACCGAGGCCGUUGAGCCCGCGCGAGAAGGUCUCCUGAUGAACUGUCUCUACUCCCAGUUCGUGAACGAAUGGGCCCUCCCGCUCGAGAAGGGCCCCGAGGCCAUCAGUCGACUCUCCGCCUGGCUCAACGGGGACCCCACCACCGGUAUCCCCUUCAGUUCCAAAGACCUCUGGGUCCACUGCCCUGUCGAAGUCCGAGUCUCCGACACCACUCUGAACGAAAAACCCCGCCCGUUCCUCGACCCGACCUCCCCCGACGGCCCAACCCUCUACCUCAAUGCAACCCUCUACCGGCCUUAUCUCCGCGACCCGCCGUGCCGCCGCCGAUACUAUGAAGCCUUCGAAUGGCUGAUGCGCGACCUGGGCGCCAAACCGCACUGGGCGAAGAAUUUCCAUACCUUGGGCCCACAAGAGCUGGCGCGCACCUACGGCGAGCAAAUGGACGCGUGGAUGAAGGUCCGCAACGAAGUCGAUCCGGAGGGCAUGUUCGUGGGCGAAUGGCACCGCCGCAAUCUCCCCCUGGCUGAUGACGGUCUGCCCCUCCUUGAGCGCGAGCACGAGCGUCGCAGACCCGGGGUGUGUGGCGUCGGGGAUGGCGUCGAAUGGGUAGGCGAUCGCCGGCAGGCUCUACCCCUGGCCAUGGAGGGGGCUUACACAGAGCCUGAUUCACCCGGCACGGCGACUAGUGAGGAGAGCUUUGAUUUGCUUGCCAGGGGUGAAGCGAGUAUUCUGCUUGAAAAAUCAGGCUCCUAA